CCUGUGUUUGUUCUUUGACAGGAAGUUUGAGAAGGAUAGAAAAGGGGAGAGAAGACCAAGAAAAGGAGAAGUCGUCAGCGGGGGAAUUACACAUUGUGAGAACUGCAUUUGCUUCUGUCGUUGUGGCGACUGAGCUGUGCUCCUGUACCAACAGGUUUCUCCUCAGCAGGUUUUCGUACAUGCGGUGAUUAUGUGUCGUGACAGUGGUUGGUGACUGGCAAGAGUGGAGUCACGCCAACAGAGACAUGAAGAACCGAAGUCACCACCCAAGCUCAGGAUGGGACACGUCGCUGCCAGGGUCAUGAACUGCAGCUGAAUGAAGCAUUGUUGUACUUGACCCUUGACGCUUGUGUACCAACCAUGGCAUGUGCAAAGGAAGUGCAACAAUGGAGAGUAAAAAUGACCAUGCACAUUGUUUUGGCCGUGGUGACUGUGGUCUUUUCCAUGAUUCCUGGUGGCGUACUUAGCGAUAUGAGAUGUACCGUGGCAGAUAAAGUCCAACCGUUACCUCAGGGGUUGCCUCAUCUGCAUCGACGGCUGAAGAGAGGCUGGAUCUGGAAACAGCUGAUUGUCCCUGAGGAAGAUCCAGUACUUCGCGUUAUUGGCCAGCUCAAGUCUGACUUUGACCGAGGUGAAUUUUCCAUCAAGUACAUAUUAUCGGGUGAAGGUGCAGGAGAGGUUUUUGAUAUUGAUGAGUAUUCCGGUGAGAUCCGGACACUGAAGAAGCUUGACCGUGAGGCAAAAGCUUUCUAUGUGCUUCAAGCACAGGCUAUCAACAGGAGGUCCAACCAACCGGUGGAGCCACAGUCAGAGUUCAUCAUCAAGGUCCAAGACAUCAAUGACAACAUCCCACAGUUUCAGAAUGAACCAUAUGUAUCCAGCAUCCCAGAGAUGUGUCCAACUGGGACCAGGGUGGCCCAGGUGUCAGCCACAGAUGCUGAUGAUCCCAUGUUUGGAAACAACGCCAAGCUCAUCUACUCCAUCCUGCAGGGGGAGCCGUACUUCUCUGUUGAGCCGAAGACAGGUAUCAUCGUCACGUCUUUCCCAAACAUGGACCGGGAAGCACGGGAUCAGUACCUGGUGGUGGUGCAGGUGAAGGAUAUGCUGGGCCUCAGCGGCGGUUACUCCGCCACCACCACAGUUACAGUACAUCUGACUGACGUUAAUGACAAUGGACCCAUUUUCCAGCACCACUUGUACACCUUUGCCGUGCCUGAGGAUGCCGCGGUAGGCACCACAGUGGGCAGGAUUAUGGCCGACGAUGGAGACGUCGGCAUCAAUGCCAAGAUGACCUAUAGUUUGGAGGACGACCUGGAGGGCAGCUCCACUUUUACGAUCCAAACAGACCCAAUCACACAGGAGGGAGUGGUUCUGCUGGCUAAGCCGUUGGACUAUGAAAGUAAGCGACGUUAUGUCAUGGCUGCAGAUGCAGUCAACGAUCACAUGGACACACGCUUCCUAAGUGAAGGUGACUUCAUGGACAGGACCACAGUCAAGGUUUUUGUGGAGGAUAUGGAUGAGCCACCGGUCUUCCCGGUUCCGGUGUACGUGUGGAAAGUCCCCGAAAGCGCAGCAGUGGGAACUGUGCUGGGCUCUGUGAGCGCCAGAGACACUGACGCAAUCAACAAUCCCAUCAGAUAUUCAAUUUACAAAAGAAGCGAUGCCAUGAAAGCAUUCAAAAUAGACCCAAACAACGGAACCAUGUCUGUUGUUAUGAACUUGGACAGAGAGUCUGCAAACUGGCAUAACUUGACUGUCAUCGCCAAGGAAACAACUCAGAACCAUUUAUCCUCCUCUGUGGCGGUGUUCAUCAAAGUGCUGGACAUAAACGACAAUGUGCCAAGGCUUGCAAGACAUUACCAGCCAUAUAUCUGUGAGGGGACAGAGGCGGGAGAACUUAUACAACUGCUCAGUGCCGUGGAUCCAGACGACCCGGUGGAGGGACAUCACUUUUACUUCUCUAUGGUCCCGGAGAAGCACAUCAAUCCAAACUUCACCAUCAGAGAUAAUCAAGACAACACAGCUGGUAUUGUGGCACGCAGGAGUACUUUUACCCUCAAGGAUCGAACCCAGUACCUGCUGCCCGUAGUGGUGACAGACAGCGGCUCACCAGCGCUCUCCAGCACCAGCACUUUGACCAUCAGCGUAUGCAGCUGUCAGCCUGCUGGUCAUUGUCCCACUGGAGGGGUGGAGGCCCUUGCUUUGUCUAUGGGGCUCAGCCUGCAGACCUUGUUAGGGCUCCUGGUCUGCCUGGCCACUUUCACAGGACUGUCACUUUUAAUGCUAAUAGUGAGGCGACACAGGUGCAAACAGCAGGAAGUGCUGGAGGUGGAGGUGAAGGAGCUGGAGCUGCCAGAGACGGUGUCACAAAAGGUACUGUGUUAUCAAGAAGCAGGCGGUGGAGGAGCAGAACUGGACUUCUGCCAGGCCAUCCCCCUGCGUCCUCGCCCCAAGAGAAGAGAGAGGAGGCUCCUAAAGGAGGAGGUCAGGGCCAGCAUACGGAUGUCCCUCCGAGAGUCUCACCUCAUUGGGCCCGAGGAUGAGGUCUUCAGACAGUUCAUUCUGGACAGGCUGGAAGAGGCGGAUCAGGAUCCUUACGCACCCCCUUUUGACUGCCUCAGAACCUACACAUAUGAGGGGACAGGGUCCGCUGCUGGGUCUCUCAGCUCACUGGAAUCCACUCCUGAAUUCAGUCCAGAGCCAAGCAGCUCCACGCGCCAUUUGGUGAGACUUACCCCGUGGUAUGGAGGAGCCGAGGAGGACACCGUCUUCUAAUGACAUCUACUUGCUGUGCACUCUUGGAACAAUCAACCAAUUAAUUGCAUUAAUAAAGUCAGUAAAUAAAACACUUAAAUAUGCAAUGUAAAAAUGCCUUUUGCUGGAAUGCCUCACGUAUCUGUGGCAUUUUGUUUGCUGAGACAAGUAGUUCAACAUAAGUGGCUUCCUGUUAAUGAGCAAUUUGCAGGUUGAGUCUUAUUACUGUUUCUGUGAAAGGAAACCAUAAAUGAGAAAAAAUAUUUUACAAGCAGAAAAAUUGUAGUAAUUCGGAAAACUGUGCAAACAUAAGUAUGGUUCCUGAUAAUGUUUCUAAUGGGCUCCCAGGGUGCACCAUCUUAAGGUACAGUAAGUACCUUUCCGGGCUUUGAAUUUGCAGAGCAUUACGAUUAUGUAGUUCUUUCCACUACUCUACCUUAUUUUGUUUUAAAGUUACAAAAACAACAUUUUGAAGCACAUUAUCUUAAACAGAAGCCCAGACAAUUCUUCUCUGAAUUGCAAAUUUUCCAUAUUUAUAAAGAAAAUGUCUUGGGCAGGGGUUGUGGAAAAGUGGUUAGUGCGCUUAGUUUCAGAGCAGAAUGUUCCUGGUUCAAACCCCACCCCUGCCUUGUGCUAAAUCACCAUGCAGACCCACUUUGGAUGUGCAGAAAGGACUUACCAUAAAGACAAAUUCUGGUCCUCUUUCAGGGAAUGAACGUCUCCCUGAACAUAAUUUAUGGUCAUGGAAAUUUCACAUAAUACAGAAUUUCCCCAAUUCUGAGUUGAAAUUGUAUCCCCCCAGAACUACAUACAGCACCUUACUGAGGAUUUCUAAACAUAUUUUAGCACUUGGCCGCACUAGGAUGAUUCCAUUAAUGUUUCAGGUUCGCAAAUCAAAAGGUCGAGAUUUCUGUCUAAAGCAAAUAUAUGGGGCAACAUUUAAUCCAACAGUUGUAAGAUUAAAAAAAAGGUUUUUUUUAGGAUAGGUCCAGAAAAACGUGCAGAAAUGCUUAAUAAAAUUCGUCAACCCCUCCCCCCGUGACUUUUUCAAAAUCCAAUAUGGUGCCCAUUUCACAUACUUUUUGCAUAAUUAUGCUUCUGGAAAGGUAAAGGACAAAUUUAUGCAUCUAUUAAUUAAUUCUAUCAUAUCAAUUAAUCUAUGUAUUAAGACAUGAGAAACUAUUUGCAAUGAUUAUCCAGAAGUUUCAAGUAUUGGAAAUGGCAACAUAUUGGAAUCCAAUGUGGCCCCCAUCGUAUUUGUUGAAUUCUUAUUUGCAUAUAAUUUCCCCUUUAGAUUAUUUCUUCUUUGAGUCAGAGUUCACAUUUCUGACAAACAUCCCAUCAAUGUCCAUAAAGUUAAAGAGAAUAGCCAAGAAGGUUUAUGGAAGGUGCUUUGGAACCCUCUGCAUAAUACCGCCAUCACAUUUAGUGUGACUGAGUAUGAACAGAAUCUGUACCACAUCUGGGAGGGAAUAAGAAUUGCGGAGGACAGCUGUCCGAACACCCAGACUGCGGUCCGACACACCCUGACUGAUUCAUGCACGUGCCGUGUGCAUUAGCCUCCAAUUGCAGUACAAAUGUACGUGGAACACAGUAAGAGAACCUGGACAGCUGCCAGAUUGCAGUAAGAACAAUAAGAUUGCACUUACAAGCCGCACAAUUGUGGUCCAACAGAAUAUACUCCAGCAGCACACUUGUGGUGCAUUUAAGCACAUUCAGGACAUUUGACUCCCGUUCCACAUGGCGGAAACAUAUCAAACAUCCCCCAGAACAUGAUCAGAAUGUCAUGAAUGCUGUUUUCACGCCAUCCGAUUGUUUAAACUGCAGUCAGACGGCACUUCAACUGCUGUUCGAUAGUGGUUCCACCUCGGCUGCACCACGACUGUUUUGAACAUGUGUAAAACAUUCGAGGCAGCUGCACAACUGUACCCAACUGGUUAGAAUGCUCUGACAAUGCUGUCGAUGUUUUCGAAUGCACCUCAACACUCCCAGAAUGUGGGCCAAAUUUUCAUUCAGGCUCACUUCGGGGUCAUUCGGCCUCUAGCGUGAUGGGGGUAUAAGCAAAUGCUUCAGUCUGUGAUAAUGAAAAUGUAACAGAAGUAUGAGAAUUCACAACACUGUCCAUAGCACAGGGAUCUAAAAUGUUAAAAUCUGAAUAUUAUGUAAAGGAGUUCAUAUCUGAAACCACUAGAUAAUCAUGGUAAAGAGUUUCUCAUGCCUUAAAACAUAAUGACAUUCAAAUCAGGAUCCUAACCUUUCCAGAAGCAAAGUUAUGAAAAGAAAACCAACAAGAAUAAAGCCACAAGGGAGAUUCCAUUAAUUUUUCUUUGCCCAUCCUGAAAAUUUCUGCUUGUUCUGCAAAAAUGUAUUUGGCCAUUAAUCUUCAAAAGGCUUGUACUCCUGAACCAGAGGUGACAGAAACAUGGCUACCAUUAGCAAUGAAUAGGAAGGCAUAUGUGGCUUUUCAGGUUAUACCAUCGCAUUUUACCUGAAGCAUCAAUAUGAAAUUCAGGUUCAUUCAAAAUUGAUCACAUAUUGAGGAUAACUGUGCCAGAAAUGCCCAUGGUUUAUAUUCCACAUAGAUAGUGAUAGGUGGUCUUAGAGAAUGUAACUUCUAAUUUGACAUUGAACAUAUUCAAAGUCAGACCUAAGUUGCUAUGAUAAUAUGAAAAUAAUGAAUGUUAUGAGGGCAAUGGUAAGAAUGAGUAAAGAUGAAACAUGCCAUUCAAGAGGCAUCAUUCCAUCUUUCUACUGCAUGAAGUCAUUCAUUAUUUGUUUUAUAUGACACCUAAAUAAAUCUGCAUAAUUGUAUUUAUUUUGAUAUUUUACUGCAAAUUGGAGGCGUUUCUUCUUGGAGCAGGAAUCAGAGGACAUGUGGCGGGAUUUAACUUAUGGAUAUCAAGGAGACAUUCUUACAAGCUAAUGGAGCUGUGCAAAAAUAACGGCAAAAAUAGUACCAAAAAUGCACACUAGAGACUAUCCAUGCAGUGAGACACAAUAAAUGUCACAUGCCAUAGAAUCCAGUCAAAUGAUGAGGAUUUAUUUAGGUGUCCAACAAAAAUAUGGUCUUUGUGUCACUGUCCCCAAGCAUCUCAGAGGCGGACAAUGUGGAACAGAUAAGACAUACAGGGAGAGACACAAAAGAGAGAAACAACAAACAGACCCAAACAGCUGUCCAAAUUCAAUACCAUCCCCAACAGCAGUACUCUGGCAGAUCAGAUUCCCUUAUGUAAUGUCAUUAGGCUCAUAGUAAUUUUACGGUCUCAGAAUUUCUACCGUUUUAAUUUUUGCCACCUGUAAAAGCCUUUUUAGUUCCAGACGUAUGAUACCUGACACACUGUCCUUUAAGAUAUUUCUAGAGAGGCUACAGUGGAGUUUGAUGCCAUGUAGGUCUCUCUGAUUAUCUUAUGUUUCUGCUGGGCCAGUAUAGGUCAUAUUAAUGAGUAUUUUUUUUCUUGAACAGUGAAAUUUAUCCAUUGUUUUAUGCAUCGAAAAUUACUGUACUAAUUUUUUUUCCCUGCAGUUUAGCCUCAUUCUCACCUAUUAAAGCUUUUGUAUUUAAAUGUA